UCAAUUCAGUUCUUGCAGUUGGUCACAUGCGCUAUAGUCAUGCCAUCCUUAACACGGGCUGAAAAUGAGGAACUUGAUGGUUAUUAUUAAUAGACAUUGAGACACACAACAGCUUAAACGCAUGUCUCCUGGAUUUAAUGCCAAAAGAAGGAAACUGGAUCAGUGGAAAGAUUUUUCUGAAAGACCCAUCAGAUUAUCCUUAAAAAUCUAAGCAUGCAGAGUCUCUUCUGGCACACCUCCAGCAGGACAGCUCAUCUGGUUUUACUAAUAUUAGUAUGCAUCAAAGAGUGCAUGUCAAUGCCAGACCCUCAUCAGAGAGACCUGAUGCUGAAACAAGAACUGGCCCAGCAAAUAGGGGGCAGCGUGGAGCUCACACAGGCAGAAGAGCAGCUGGACUCACUUCUACACCAGUUAAAGAUGAAAGAAAUGACUAUUUCACCUUUCCCACCCGCCAAACACUUCUUCAAAGUGCGACACAUCAUUCAAAAAAGUCCUGUCUUCAAGCUGCUACAGAAAAUGCCAAAAGGUGCCGCCCUCCACAUCCAUAGCUCCGCCUUGGUGAGUGCCGAUUGGCUGGUGCUGAAUGCCACAUACAGGCCUCACUGUUAUAUCUGCUUCACAUGGGAGGGGUCAGUGUGGUUCCAGUUUUCCGCCCAUACACCCCUUCCACGUUUGGGGUGUUCCCUCUGGAGUCGACUGGACACAUUGAGGGCCCGUCUGAGUGAUGUCACUGCUUUUGACAACAGUUUAAUGCAGAAUCUUACACUCUUCACGGAUGAUCCAGAAACAGCUUAUCCCACACAGGAUGCAGUAUGGGAGAGGUUUGAGAAGAUCUUUGUAGCUCUCUCUGGGUUGAUCACAUAUGCACCAGUUUUUAAGGACUACAUCUACCAGGGUCUGAAGGAGCUCUAUGAAGACAACAUCAUGUACCUGGAGCUGAGGGUUGGACAGUCCAGGGCCUAUGAACUUGAUGGGACUACUCAUGAUAAAGCUUGGUCUCUGGAGGUCUACAGAAACCUCACAGAGCAGUUCAGAGCGGCUCAUCCCGACUUCAUAGGAUCUCGUAUAAUCUACUCCAUACACAGAUCUCUCAGUGUGUCUAAAGUGAAGCAGGCAGUUCAAGAAGCCAUCGAUAUGCAGAGACAAUAUCCAGAUGUCCUUGCUGGAUUUGAUCUGGUAGGUCGCGAAGACACCGGAAGAUCAAUUUGGUACUUUAGAGAGGCUUUAUCACUUCCUUCAGAGCUUAAGAAAGAUCUUCCUUUCUAUUUCCAUGCUGGAGAGACAGAUUUAGAUGGUACAGAGGUGGACAGGAAUAUUAUAGAUGCCUUGCUGUUUAAUACGAGUCGCAUUGGCCAUGGCUUUGCGCUGGUACACCAUCCAGUAGCCAAAAAGCUAUCCAGAACCAGAGGGGUGGCAGUCGAAUUGUGUCCCAUUUCCAAUCAGGUCCUAAAACUGGUCUCAGACCUUCGAAACCAUCCUGCUGGAGUGCUCAUGUCAGAUGGUCAUCCUGUAGUGGUGAGCUCUGAUGAUCCAACACUGUUCGGCACCACUGGACUUUCCUACGACUUCUACGAGGUCUUUGUGGGAAUUGGAGGAUUGAGUGCUAAUCUGGGUACUUUAAAAGAGCUUGCAAUAAAUUCAAUCAGGUACAGUUCAUUGUUGCCACAACUGAAGGACAAGGCUAUGAAAGUAUGGCAGGAAAAGUGGGACAAAUUCAUAGCAGAUAACUCAAAAUUGUGACAAAAAGCAGAGACCUCCAUCCCUCCAUCCAGAGUUCCAAUCUCACCAAAAAACAGACGAUCAACCACAAGAAUGCCCAUUACAGACGGACUCCUGAAGACCAGACCGAGCAGAGGUUUAUGAUCACACUCUUAAUGCACAGGAAUAUAAAAACAAAUGCACACACUUACUUUUCUGG